AUGGCCGCACCUCAAACCCUCUCUUCUUCCCUCUCCAAACCCUCCCCUCUAUCUCCCCCUCUCAACCAUACCCGUUUCUUCCCCAAACCCACUCUCCCCUGCAUCCCCAACAACACCACAAAGCCCCUUUUCACACUUUCCUCCAAAAACCCACUUUCCGACAUCAUCAUCUCACACAAAAACCAAACAUCCCCACUAAACGACGAUGUUUUCAUUGAUGACGACAAGCCUCGUGAAGAGUGCGGCGUUGUUGGCAUAUACGGCGACUCCGAAGCUUCCCGUCUCUGUUAUUUAGCCCUACACGCUCUCCAACACCGUGGCCAAGAAGGUGCCGGAAUCGUCACCGUUAACAACAACAUCCUUCAAUCCAUCACCGGCGUUGGUCUUGUUUCCGAUGUCUUCAACGAAUCUAAGCUCGAUCAGUUACCCGGAAGUUUGGCUAUUGGCCAUGUUCGUUACUCGACUGCUGGACAAUCCAUGUUGAAAAAUGUUCAACCUUUCGUUGCUGGGUAUCGUUUUGGUUCUGUUGGCGUUGCCCAUAACGGUAAUUUGGUUAAUUAUCGCACUUUAAGAGCUAAGCUUGAAGAAAACGGUUCAAUUUUUAAUACUACUUCUGAUACUGAAGUUGUUCUUCAUUUGAUUGCAACUUCAAAGCAUAGGCCUUUUAUUUUGAGAAUUGUUGAUGCAUGUGAGAAGCUUGAAGGGGCUUAUUCUAUUGUGUUUGUUACUGAGGAUAAGCUUGUUGCUGUGAGAGAUCCUUUUGGGUUUCGACCUUUGGUUAUGGGGAGAAGAAGUAAUGGUGCUGUUGUUUUUGCUUCUGAGACUUGUGCUCUUGAUUUGAUUGAAGCUACUUAUGAGAGGGAAGUGUUCCCUGGUGAGGUUGUUGUGGUUGAUGAUAACGGGAUUCAAUCGCUUUGCCUCAUGUCUCAUCCGCAGCCGAAGCAAUGUAUCUUUGAGCAUAUUUACUUUGCUUUGCCUAAUUCUGUUGUUUUUGGUAGGUCCGUGUAUGAAUCGCGAAGACGAUUCGGUGAGGUACUUGCUACUGAGAGUCCUGUUGAUUGUGAUGUUGUGAUAGCAGUUCCUGAUUCUGGUGUUGUUGCCGCACUUGGUUAUGCUGAAAAAGCUGGUGUUCCUUUUCAACAAGGGUUGAUUAGAUCACACUAUGUAGGAAGGACUUUCAUCGAGCCGUCUCAGAAGAUUAGGGAUUUUGGUGUGAAAUUGAAGCUUUCGCCAGUCCGUGCUGUCCUUGAAGGUAAAAGGGUUGUUGUUGUUGAUGAUUCAAUUGUGAGGGGAACAACAUCCUCGAAGAUUGUGAGGUUGCUUAAAGAAGCAGGGGCAAAAGAAGUUCACAUGAGAAUCGCAUGUCCACCGAUUAUCGGUUCUUGUUAUUACGGAGUCGAUACACCUAGCUCCGAGGAGUUGAUAUCUAAUAGGAUGAGUAUUGAAGAAAUAAGGGAUUUUAUUGGAUCAGAUUCACUUGCUUUUCUUCCAAUGACUAGCUUGCAUACUAUGUUGGGGAAUGACUCUCCAAAUUUCUGUUAUGCUUGUUUCUCUGGGAAAUACCCGGUUGAACCAAGAGAGCUUAAGGUUAAGCGGGUCGGUGACUUCGUCGAUGAUGGUUUGAAUGGAAGUUUGGAACAAAUUGACGGAGGUUGGGUUCAAGCUAACCGAAAUCCAAAAGAGGUGAAUGCUUCUACUGGUGCUUGA